GACCCUACAACAAAUAUUAUUUUACAAUCUCUGUUCUCUUUCAAUCAAUCUUUUAAUAGGAACUCUAUUAUCGCUAAACUCGUCUCAAGCAAUAAACAUUUAUUCUGAUUUAGAAAGACAUAUUUUCAACAGAUAUUCACAGACGUAUACAGCAAUGAUAUUAGUCUCCGCUCAAAUGAAAACAAAUAAAAAAAAAUUGUGCUGUGAUGAUGCCAUUUUGACAGUUGUUGACAGUUGAUAUAUUUGUGCGGAUUUUUUUUUGUUGUAAACAUCCAAACAUCCAAAGAUUGUUGGAGGAGCAAGCCAUCGUUCUUUCUUGAAACCAUUUGAUUUAACAUUGGUUUGUGGAUUAGUUUUUGUGUAAAAACAAUUUGCACAUGCCCAACCACACACUGUGAUCUAGUGAAUGUUGUGUUUAAUCGAGUGUUACUUAUGAUAAAGACAAUAAAACAAUAAAGAAAAGUGAAAUACAGUAAAAAUGAACAACGGAUUCAGUACGGGCGAAGAAGAUUCUAGGGGUGGCGGAGUAGCAAAUCAAAUUUGUUGCUUAGUUGAUGACGGGCUAAAUUGUAAAAAUGUAGCAGGAAAUGCAUCGUACAGUAAACGUAUCCAAAAAACCGUAACGCAACGAAGGUUAAAGUUGACGAAUGAUCCUACAGCUACACAUAUCUACAUUUGUGAUUUUCAUAAGGCACGCAUUCAAUGUGCUCGAACGAGACGACGCCGAAAAGACUCUGAGGACGAUAGCAAUGAAACGGACACAGAUUUGCCAGAAGUGGAUUUGUAUCAAUUGCAAGUGAAUACGCUGCGACGAUAUAAAAGACACUACAAAGUAUCGACAAGACCUGGGAUGAACAAGGCACAAUUGGCGGAUGCGGUGAUGAAGCAUUUCAAGACGAUACCAAUUAAGGAAAAGGAAAUUCUCACCUUCUUCAUUUACAUGGUUAAAUCAAAUUCAAAUAAAUUGGAUCAUAAAAAUGGUAUCGGCAACGACGCUACUUAAGUGAUAGUCUUAAAUUAAACAACCUUCCGCAUGUCACUGUUUUAAAUAAAUCCACAAGCAAAAUUUACCGUCCGUGAAGAAUGAGAAGUCACCCAUUAGACCUUUAUAAUCCAACUUGUUCCACAAGCGAUAUCCACGUUAUUCGUAUCUGAAUAGAAAAGUGAACAUCGAAUGUGGAACAAGUUGGAUUAUAAAGGUCUAAUGGGUGACUUCUCUUUCUUCUUGGACUGUAACAGAAAAAUAAGCCCGAACGAAAGUUGAGUCAUGAUUCGCAGUCAAAAAAAUUUAUAUUUUUUUUUCGUGAAUUCGGGUCUCGAACAGAUUAUAAGAUUUUAGCAGUUUUUACCUUACAAUUUUAAGUUGUCAUUUUGUUUUAACCAUUGGAAUUAUGUUGUUUUAUAUACAAAUCGAGUUUAGUUUUUUUUUCGAAAUUUAAAUUCAAAAAGAAUCAUUUUUAAUGCGUAAGAGACACAGUAAUUUGUUGUUGAAUACCUUAUCAUUUUUCGUUAAAAGCUAAAAGAUGCACUGAAAUAGUCGCUUACAAUAAAAACAAAAACGUAAGAAAA